AUGGAGGACUUGCGAGUUGCAAUGGGUUUCUCCGGUUGUAUUUGCUUUCCCAAGAAGGAUGGCUCACGCGGUUUGGCUUUGUUCUGGUCUUCAGAGUUGAAGGUUAGCCUUCGUACCUACUCUGCACAUCACAUUGAUGUUGAGAUAGGGAUUCCUGGGGUCGUUGGAGUUUGGCGAUUCACAGGCAUCUAUGGCUUUUCAAGGCAUGGUGAUCGGGUCCAGACUUGGGACAUGCUUCGUACUCUGGCAGCACAAGUGAAUCUGCCAUGGUUAAUAGCUGGAGACUUCAAUGAGAUUUUGUGUGCAGAUGAUAAAUCCGGUGGUCCACCACGGAAUGCUGCGAUGAUGACGCGAUUCAGGGAAGCCUUGACUGAUUGUCAUCUGGAAGACAUGGGGUUUGUGGGUUCUCGGUUCACAUGGUUUAAUCGGUUCACCAAGGAGCGUUUGGAUCGUGGCUGUUGCACGCAAGAUUGGCGUACUAUGUACCCGUACUCUAGGGUUAUCACACUACCUCCAAACAGGUCAGAUCACAACCCCAUUGUGGUUGAGUUAGCUGCUGCACCAGUUGUCAAAGUGCCAAGGCUCAGGCGCUUUAGGUUUGAGAACAUGUGGAUGCAACAUGGUGAUUGUUCUGAUGUUAUUCAGAAAGGAUGGUCUAUUCCCUCUGCAGGUGAACCUAUGAAGCAAGUUGGAUUGAAAAUUGGUUCAACUGGCAGACUAUUGAUGGAAUGGGAUGCAGGAACAUUUCGACAGAGAAAAACUGAGAUACAUCUCUUGCAAUCUAAGAUGGAUAUGUUGAUGAAACUCCCUUAUGAUCCGGUUCAUUUUGAGCAGCAGAAAACUCUCCAGUUUAGAUAUAAUGAACUUUUAUCUUUGGAUGAAGCUUAUUGGCGUCAGAGGUCAAGGGUGUUAUGGUUGAAAGAAGGGGAUCGUAAUUCAGCCUUCUUCCACAGGCAAGCGUCUAACAGGCGCAGUCGCAAUAAAGUGGUAGGCAUCACUGAUAUGGGAGGACAAUGGCAAACUGAUCCUGCACAAGUGGCUUCAGUUUUUGUUGAUUACUACGAAAAUAUUUUUCAUUCUGAGGGUUCUGACCCUGUAGCUCUGGCAGCAGUUCUUGAACAUAUUCAUCCAUGUAUUGAUAAUGAUAUGAAUUCUUCUCUAUUAGCUCCAUAUUCAGAUGAGGAAAUUAAGAAGGCCUUAUUCCAGAUGCAUCCUUCAAAAUCACCUGGACCUGACGGUAUGUCUCCUACUUUUUUCCAAAAGCAUUGGGCAAUUGUUCAAUAUGAUGUGUGUUUAGCUGUGAGGACUUUCUUAAACACAGGUGUUCUGGAUUCUGAGAGCAAUUUUACUCAUUUGACUCUUAUUCCUAAAAUUAAAGAGCCUAAAGUUGCAGCUGAUUUCAGGCCUAUAGCCCUUUGCAAUGUGGUGUAUAAAAUUGCCUCUAUGGUGCUUGCUAACAGAUUGAAAGUCUUAUUGCCUUCUAUUAUCUCUCCUCUUCAGAGUGCCUUUGUUCCGGGCCGUUUGAUAUCUGAUAACACUCUUGUUGCAUCUGAAGCGGCUCAUUUUAUGCAUAAGCUCCGACAUCAGAACGAGGGAUUCUUCUCCCUUAAAUUAGAUAUAAGCAAAGCAUACGACAGAUUGGAGUGGACUUUCUUGAUCUCUAUUUUAUCUAAAAUGGGUUUUGCACAAGAGUGGAUUGAUACUAUUCUAAGUUCCAUUCGAACAGUGCGCUAUUCUAUUUUGUUGCAUGGGAAACCUACAGGUUAUAUUUCUCCAUCCAGAGGUAUCAGGCAAGGGGACCCUCUUUCUCCAUAUUUAUUCAUUUUGUGUGUUGAGGGUCUCUCCUCCCUUAUUUCUCAUGUAGUUUCUCAGGGUUCACUGAAGGGGCGGAAGAUGAGUCCUCGGGCCCCAACUAUUCACCAUUUAUUAUUUGCCGAUGACAGUUUUCUAUUUGGUGAAGCCUCUGUGGUGGAAUGCACUACCUUCAAGACUAUUCUGAAUGUUUAUGAGCGUGCUUCUGGUCAAAGGAUUAAUCUAGAGAAGAGUAGUGUUGUCUUCAGCAAGAAUGUGCAUCCUGAUACUAAAGCUAAUUUAGCUUCUAUUUUGGGGGUGCAGUGUGUUGAGGAUCAUGGAAGAUAUCUAGGGUUUCCCCUUCAUGUGGGAAAAUCAAAAGUGGCAAUUUUUUCUUACCUUAAGGAAAGAUUAACUAAGAAGCUGAUCAGUUGGCGCACAAAAAUCCUGAGUUCUGCAGGGAAGGAGAUUCUGAUUAAGGCAGUGGCUCAAGUUAUCCCAACUUAUGUCAUGAGUUGUUAUAUGCUUCCUAAAGGUCUUUGUGAUGACCUCCACCAACUUUGUGCUCAAUUCUUUUGGGGAGGUUCAGUUGCUAAUCGCAAAAUUCACGGGCGGUCAUGGGAUAGGAUGUGCUUAUCUAAAAGUGAGGGAGGCUUAGGUUUCAAGAAUCUGCAUGCUCAUAACUUAUCUUUGCUUGCUAAACAGGGAUGGAGGUUAAUCACUAAUCCUAAUUCCUUGUUGUCUCGUUUGCUCAAGGCUCGGUAUUUUCCGGAUGGUUCUUUUCUGGAUGCGGAUAUGGGGGAUUCUCCUUCGUAUGCAUGGAGAAGCAUUAUGGAAGCUAGAACUGUCCUUCAAGCUGGAUUAUUUUGGCAGGUUGGCAAUGGCUCCUCUAUUAAUGUUUGGAGUGAUCAGUGGAUCCCAAAUGUUUCUCAUCAUCAACUCUGUAAACCGACUGCUUGUACCAUUGAGUUAGUCUCUUCCUUGAUUGAUAUGGAUUCCAAAAGUUGGAGGGUUGAUAUUCUGCAACGUCUAUUUUCUCAAGAAGUUGUUGAUGCUAUCUUAUGUGUUCCUCUCAGUUAUAGAAAUAGACGAGAUCGUUUGAGUUGGAAACUUGGGAAGAAAGGUAAGUUUUCUACUAAAACUGCCUACUAUGUAGCUCGGGAUGUGGUGAUGGGGGAUGCCUUUGCUUCCUCCUCUCAUGGCGAUCCUUUCAGUGUUCUUUGGAAGUCACUUUGGAAAUCUAAGGUACCUGGGAAGGUCUCUAUAUGUAUUUGGCGAGCUUGUCAUAAUGUGUUACCAACUAGGGAGAGUUUGAGCAAGAAGGGCUAUACUGGUGAUCUGGGUUGUCUGCUUUGCCAUCACCAGUUUGAGAGUGUUGGCCAUGUGUUAUGUGGGUACCCUACUGCGCAGGAAAUCCUUACUGCUCCUCCUUUUUCUAUUCAGGUUCCUAUUACUCAUUCUUUUAUUUUUAAGGAAUGGUUACUUGAACAGGUCUCUACUCUUUCCUCUGAAAAUUUUUCUAAGCUAUUGAUGCUUUUAUGGGGUCUUUGGAAGAAUAGGAAUGAUAAAUUGUGGAAUGAUAAGGCUAAAAAUGCUUCUACAAUUGUUGCUUGUACUAUGGCUUGGUAUGAAGAGUUCCUUCAGGCUAAUAGGGGUAUGACUUUGGUAACUGAUAGGUGGACGAAAGCUAGAGUAUUUUGGUCCCCUCCUAUGAGUGGUUUAUUGUGCUUGAAUGUUGAUGGUGCUUAUGUUUCUUCACUACAACAUGGAGGCAUUGGAGGUGUUCUGCGUCAUGAGAAGGGUGAGUUCAUUGCAGGCUUUGCUUAUAGAGUGGCUAAUGUGUCCUCUGCUUACCAUGUUGAGCUCCUUGCUAUUAAAUCUGGGCUGGAGCUUAUUCAGGCACUUGGUGUAUCUAAUGUUGCUCUAAUGAGUGAUUGUUUAGAGGCUGUGAAGGCAGUGACAGCUGAGGAUCCUGACUUCUCUACUUUGGGAAUCAUUGUUGAAGAAAUUAAAGAUUUGCUAGGUGAUUUGCUUUCCAUAGGUGUUCAUCAUACUUAUAGGACUGCUAAUCAUGUUGCUCAUAGGCUAGCAGGAUUUGGUUUUGAUUCUGACAUUCAUAUGGAUUGGUUUGUUCAAGCUCCAGAGUGUGUUCUGGAUGCCCUACAGUACGAUUGGCAUGUAAUGUCGUCUCUCCCUUGGCAGAAGAUGGUUGAAAACCCUGUGGCUCGGAAGCUAGACCUAUUUGGACCUUUCUUGGGAUUGAAUGUCAAUCAGUUCAAGGAUGGUACUUUGCAUUUUCAAGGCAUUACUACACCUAUACUGCCUCCUGUGGGACGAACUCUCUUUGGCAAACCUGAAUCAAGCAAGUCACGCCGCCCUGUUGUCAUUCGAAGCGCAGAAGCUAAACAGGUUAGUGAGGAUAAUGCUUUAGCCCUUGUACCAGCUGACACAAGUUCCAAGCAGGAGAGGUCUUUUCCCUCCCCAAAAAAGCUCAAAUUCUUGAUGUCUGACUUGUUGGAAGGGAAAACUAGCUCGAUAGCUCCUACAAAGAAGGUGAAACUUCUAGAGUUUCCCACUAAGUUCAGUGCCAAAUCCUUGGGUCUUGUUGAGACUCCAGGAGGAAUGUUGGUGCCCUCUAAGGUCAUGCUGCCGAAGCCUGCACUUGAGAUGCCAGUUGCAAAGAAGAAGAAAGGUAGACCGUUGGGAUCCAAAAAGAAAAACCCUAAGUCGAAGAAGGUAUCUGCUGAAGAGGUCUUGACUGUCCUGUACUCAGGCAAACCUCCUAGCCCUAGUGUGAAGGGCAAAGAAAAGAUCUAG